AUGACUCUGGAGUCCAUGAUGGCUUGCUGCCUGAGCGAAGAGGCGAAGGAGUCGAAACGAAUCAAUGCAGAAAUUGACAAACAACUCCGCCGAGACAAGCGAGACUCCAGGAGAGAGCUGAAAUUACUUCUUCUCGGUACGGGAGAAAGUGGCAAGAGCACCUUCAUCAAGCAGAUGAGGAUCAUUCAUGGAGCCGGGUACUCAGACGAAGACAAGAGAGGCUUCAUCCGGCUUGUUUACCAAAACAUCUUCACCUCAAUGCAGGCCAUGAUCCGCGCCACUGAGACCCUUAAGAUCCCCUACAAAUUUGAACAGAAUCGGUCUAACGCCAUGCUCGUGAAGGAGGUGGACAUUGAGAAGAUCAAUGGGUUUGACUAUCCCUUCAUCGCAGCUAUCAAAUGCCUGUGGUCUGACCCAGGGAUCCAGGAGGCCUAUGACCGGCGCAGAGAGUACCAGCUUUCUGACUCCACUAAAUAUUACCUUAGCGAUAUAGACCGUGUGACUACGGAGGGAUACGUUCCCACCCAGCAGGAUGUGCUGCGGGUCCGUGUUCCCACCACGGGUAUAAUAGAGUACCCGUUUGACCUGGAGAACGUCAUCUUCAGUUAUCUUUCCGAUCUGGAUCGUAUUGCAGAUUCCGGCUAUCUUCCCACUCAGCAGGAUGUGCUCAGGGUGCGCAUCCCCACUACAGGAAUCAUAGAGUACCCAUUCGACUUGCAAAGCAUCAUUUUCAGGAUGGUGGAUGUAGGGGGUCAGAGGUCAGAGAGGAGGAAGUGGAUUCACUGCUUUGAGAAUGUCACCUCCAUUAUGUUUCUUGUGGCGCUGAGCGAGUACGACCAGGUCCUGGUGGAGUCCGACAACGAGAACCGCAUGGAGGAGAGUAAAGCUCUGUUCAGGACUAUCAUUACCUACCCCUGGUUUCAAAACUCCUCCGUCAUCCUCUUCCUCAACAAGAAGGACCUGCUAGAGGAGAAGAUCUCCUACUCACACUUGGUGGACUAUUUCCCAGAGUUUGAUGGUCCCCAGAGAGAUGCACAGGCAGCGCGGGAGUUCAUCCUCAAGAUGUUUGUGGACUUAAACCCCGACAGCGACAAGAUCAUCUACUCUCACUUCACUUGUGCCACGGACACUGAGAACAUCCGCUUUGUGUUUGCAGCUGUCAAAGACACCAUCCUACAGCUCAACCUCAAAGAGUACAAUCUGGUGUGAGGGCCCACGUACGACGCACAUCUCCUUCUCCCCCCCCAUUGCACAAAAUGCACACCUCUUUGGGAGUGUGCGCUCAAGUUCACAUGCAUCACACAGCACACCAUGCCGGCUCACACAUACACACACACACACAUUCACACACGCACACACACACACCAACACCAACCAACAGAACCCUUCCUUUUUGUUCCCAGUGCAGUACAUUCACAAAUCCUCCCACCUGCAAACGCCGCCCCUCCUCUUUCACCGAAGCUCGCCCUCUUCCUCCGUCGCUCGGCAGCUUGUUGUGUCAGAGUCCCCGCUCCUCCCCAAGCUGCUCCGUGUGUCAGAUCUGGCCCCGGCUGCUGGCUCUGGCACAUUUCAUCUGGCACACAAACCUUUCACACGGACUGUACAGUGACUGAAGGGGACUUUGGUGUUUGUAUGUGUGUGUGUGUGUAUGUAUGUGUGUGUGUAUUUGGGGCAGCAUUGACUAGCGAGGAGCUGUGUUUUGGUGAAUAGCGGCAUCCCCUCCGGAGUUGACCCUCAGCGGUGUGAGAUCAGAUCCUCCGUCGUGUCCUUUCUGAGCUCCUAUCGGUGUGGAAGGAAGUGAAUACUCCUGAAACCAACUAAGAACCAGCGAGUGGCAUCAUUGGGACAGAGUGACUUGGACAGGAAGUGAGGUCGCACACCGGACACAAGGGGCACGGGGCUGAGGAUCCUGUCUCCAUCUCGCAUCUAUGAAUGUACCCACCAGUGUGAGCAUCGCAAUCGCAAAAAAAAAAAUAUAUAAAUAUAUAUAUUAUGAAGUAAAUGCAUUAUGUAAACACACUUAAGACAAAAAGCACGAGAGGGCAAGACAUAGCUAAUCAAAAUCUGUUCAUUGCUGAGAUUUUUUAAAUGUUUUUAAUGAUAGAAAUUUGUUGCUACGUCUACUUCUAUUUAACAAAUAAUGUCUAAAAGGAACGGUGAUAAGAAGUGGUGAGAAAAUCCAUAAAAAAACUUCGCAAAACAAAUACAUCUAAAAAAGAAGCAACCAGAAAUAUUACUUGACAUAAGUAUCCUUUAAAGAUUUCUGUAGGAGUUUUUUAUGUUUAAGUUAAUCACAUCGCUUCCCUCCUCCAGAUGUUUUCUGUAUGGAUUCACAGGGACUAAUAUUCCACGUGACCUUCGCAGCAUCUGGCUCCACUGAUACACCCCCACACCCUUAUUACAAAACACUAGUAGCGGGUGAGAGGCUCUGCUCUGAUUGGUGGGAGCAGAUGUGGAGGGAGAGCGUGAUGUCGUCAGUGUUUAUCAGUCCACUGAGCACAUCUGCAGCUCGGGCUGCAAGUAGCUUAUUCAACAAAAUAAAAGCUGUAAAUUAAACCCGCCCACACGCCAGGUUGUGUGAAUGGAAUCCACGCGGUAACAUCUCCGAUGGCGUCACAACUGCGUCGCUCAGCCGGCCAAUCAGACACACUUCCUGUCGGUGACAUCACAUCAGGAUGUGCUUCUGUUUACUUUUUUUUUUUUUACUGUAUAGUCACUUUGUUUAUAUAAAGAUUGCUUGCUGUUGAGUGACGAGAGGAAGAGGGGGGGCGGAGGGGGGCUAUGAACCUUUCACAGAAAAACGCACUCUUGAAGUCUGUUGUUUGUGUAUAUUCGUUUGUAAAUACCUAUACACAAAACACUCCUGUACAAAAACGCUCUGUGGUACACCCAUCUUUGGCAAAAAAGAAACAAAAAAAAAAGAAACAAAAAAAAAUCUUUCAUUAGCAUACAGUUUUUUUCCUAUGAAUUUAUGGUAGUAGUUAUACUGUGAUUAUGGAUUUUGUUCACUUGACGACACAGAGCUGAGUGGUGUUGAGGAAACAAUCGGCGCGUAGCGAUAGUCGGAGAAAAGAGGUUCCUCCCAACCGGCCUCAUGACUCCACACUACCGCUACAGCUCUGGCUCCAGAGUAUACUAACUAGGGCUGGUUAAAAAUCUUCACAGUACGGUGACGAGAUGAUUUUAAGAGUAAUUAAAGAUUUUUUUUAUUUAUCUAAUUUAUGGACCAGGUUUGAAGGUGUUGAUAAUUUGACUGCUUUUGAUUCUGUCAUGUUGAAGUGCUCCUUUUCUCAUGGCGGAGCCUACUUGAGUCUGAACUGCUGUGUAAAAAAAAAAAAAAAUAACGAAUGUCUGGUAUAGUAAGGACUUUAUCUCUGCUUUCUAUUUCUUAUUGAGACAUUUCCAGUUGUACUUCGCCAUCACAUCUCCAUCCAUGAUAAUACUGUUUGGUUUUCUUUAGGAGCCCUCACAUUCGUUUUGUUUGAUUUUAAAAAGAAAAACAGAAAAAAAAGAAACUUGUAUUUCCUCUCGGUUUAUAGACGCGGCGCUGUAAUGCAUACCUAGAAAAAUGUACAGUACGAACGUAGGUGGACUUUUUUUUAUCAGUGAUUGAAAGACCCACGCGGUCCAUGCUUGCUAUUUGUAAUUUAACACAAAAAUUCUGUUGUCGGUUUUUGCAUUGUUAAUUUCCAGUUUUUUGAGGCUUGCUUUGAUAGUGCCAGUGAAGUGCAGAUAUACUUUUUUGGUCUUUGACCUUUUCUACAGGUGACUUAUCCUUCAUCCUCAUUAAGGGCUAUCACAGUGCAUCAGACAGUGGGGAGUGGAGUACAGGACCACAGUGAACCAAGUCAUCCACUACUAAUCCUUGUUUAUAAAUGGAGAUUACUUGCAGUAUGUGCUAUAAUAAGAAGUAUAGGCAGGGUGUUAAUGCAAACAUAAGGUGUGUGUAGAGAGUUUACCAACACUAAACGGUUUUCUUUAUGUGUUUCUUUAUGGCCCUUUGAUGAAUUAAGUGGACCCAGUAUCUGGCACUCUGACCUUCACUACUACUUAUUCGCAUGAAGUAUCACAGUGUUACCUGUAAUACCUCAUGCAGUGUAGAAACACUUAUCACUAAAGACACUACUACCAGGACAAGUAUUGCAUGUUUCCCCAAGUAUUUGACUAAAUGACCAAGCUUGAUGACCUUUGCAUGUUUUAACCCAUUAACUACAAAUCUUAUACUGUAUUGAUGACCAUUUCUCCUGUUUCUAAAUUCCUACUUGUCGUGCAGCUCUUGGUUUCUGUUCAUGCUAGUAAGGUUUGAGAAGUAACUUGCAGCUUUCACAUUAGUAAAGUUGUUCCGUAGCUGAGUACACUUGCGUCAUCAUCCACGUGUUUAUAUUGAGAUCGGCUGUUCUAGUGGCGGAGCAUCGUAAAGCACAUUCAAACUUGACGGAAACAAAAGUCUUUCCAACAAUCACCAACUCUGGUUUUGCUGAAAUACACCCUUACUUCACCGAAUUUGAUGUUAAAAUAUGCAUGCUCUACACGCCGUCUCUCUCUCUCUGCUCGCUGAGUAGCUGAGCGGCUCUCAUUCUCGUAGGCAGACCAUCAAAUAAAAUAAAGUUACAAACAUCGCCUAACCCCAUCCCCUACUAUUGUUUAUAUGUUAAAGAACGGGAGCGUUGAAAAAAGCCUGCCCUUUCAAAACUAUUCGCUGACUGCUUCUCGCGUUAAAUAACUUCCGUGUUUUGAUACGGUUUGCUUUCACACAUGCGUGACCUGUACUUGAACCACCUUUUCAAGUGGACUCAGGUACGGAUUGACGAACAGUGCCAGUACGGUAUGGAGUGUUCGCACUAAUCAAACGACCUGGACCUUGGGGUUAAGUGUUCUUGGAUCUGGUUCCAGGUCCCUGAUGUGAAAGCCUCCUUAGUCACCUUUUUUAUUUUUUGUAAUGCUGAAAUUAUUGUGUAACUGUUACAAUGUUAAUUAGUCUGCAGGGGCUGCUUCAAAACUCAACUCAGUAGGGAUGCACCAAUCUAAAUGUUUCCCUCCUGAUACAGAGUACUGGUCCAAUACACUCCUUUCCAAAUUUCAAAUCUGUAUACUACACUGUGUGGAACUUAUUGGAAUCAUUUAAGUCAGUGGUACGUCUUAACUGAUGAAGGAAACACUACAUUUUAUAAUGACACUGACAAAGAAACUAGUUGAUGUGGAUCAGUUAAGUCUUGCCAAUACGCUAAAUAAGAUCGCAUAUCGGCACCGAUAAACAAUCCGGCAAAUCUCAUCGGUGCGCUCUUACGAUGAGUUGUCACCAGUAAGUGUUCUCAACUGCAUUACCAAGUAACUUUUAAAAAAACUAGGAAGACUAAAUGUUAACUGUCUCAAACCAGUUUCAUGUCAGUAGGUUUUCUUAGACGAACAGAAACCAAAGGCUGCUGAAAAAGAUGGAGAAUCAAUCUAAAAACUCAAAAAGAUAUGCUUAAAAAAUGGGAAGAUGUAAAGUUUGAACACUAAGUUAAUGGGGCUAAAAUAUAUAUUCUUUUUUUCAAAACACCAGUGUGGUCCUUAACUGCCAUUUAUGUCUGCUGAAAAUGACACUAACCUUGAGCGGAAGAAGCAGGCGGCCAACCGUUAGACUGCUGUCAUAAAGAGGAUGCCAGUAUUUAAGUGGAGCGAUCUACUAGUAUGGAUACCCAAGUAUUUAUCAGUAGUUGUGUUAAGAUUUACUGUGUGUUGAACCAUGUUGUAUUUUUUAAAACUUGACACUACAACUCUGGCACAUGGUGAAGGGCUGACUGGCUGUUAGUGUGGUAGUGUGUUAGCGGCCCGGUGUUGCACAGUGUGUUUUUGACACAUUUUAUCUCAACAUAGCUGGAGAGAGAUGGACGGCUAAUCUGUAUGAAUUUAAAUCUCAUUCUUGUCCGUUUUGAGCGACGACCCAGUGGGAAGACUGGAUUGGUUUUUCACUACAACACACUCUUAUUUAUUGCCUUUCAUUGCCUUUGAAUAAUGAAAGAUGGUGUUGCCGGCCCUUUACGGUUUUCAGAGCGUGCUCUGUUGACCUUUUCAGUGGCCGUGGUUGUGUGAUUUUCCUUUCUUGUGAGCUUGUUAAAGAAAUAAGUGGAAUCAAACUUAUCUUUUUGGACGUCAGUGCAUAUUCAAAACUUUAAAUCUUGUUCCCUUUUUUUUUAAUUUCCUGUAUUAUAAGAAAACAUUACCAGAACUAUUACUUUAGGACCACUUGAUUUAUUUUUCCUCACUCCAAUGAAACCUGAAGGUCAAUUGUGUAGUGGUGUAUAAAAUGCUGUUUGUUUUUUUUCUUCUUUAUUUUGUAUGUAAACCAAAUGUAAAUUAUGUAUUAUACUGAGUGUGCCAACCCCACUCUCUCUAGAGCCAGGCUCUCUCUAAGUGCCAACGCUGUGGUCAUCAUCAAAGGACCACCACCUGAGAUGGUCCCCCCAUCCUCCCCCUUUUUAAAUAAAUCACACCAGAGACUAAAAGGAUAGAUGAUUAAGUACACACAAAGACUUUAUUCUGUAUUUAAGAUUGAAGAUUUAAAAGAUAAUCUGCUGUUUUUUAAGAAACUGUAAUUAUAAUUGCAUGUGCUGUUUAUUUUGUGUUGGAAGUGAGGGCUUUGAUGUUUUCAUUGAAGCAGAGCCCUCGAUGAAGGGGGGGUUCAAUCAGUUGGUUAUUAUCGAUUAUUGAUUUACAUAACUCUUGCCAUAUUUUUUUAUGUGUUUCAUGUAUUUGUUUCAACCACUGUUGCCUGAUCCUCAUUCAAACAUGAACAUGACUUAUGAUCAUUGCCGCCUUCUAAGAGAGAAACAUAAUGACAAGGUAUCUGUUUUAAAUUGAAAUAAAUUUGUUCCUAUACUUGC